AUGGAUAAUUUAAUUGAACGACUUCUCGAAGCGCGUGAAGUUCCGAUAUCAGAGAAAUUUGUUCAGAUAUCCGAUGAUGAAAUUAAAUUUUUAUGUGAAAAAUCAAAAGAGAUUUUUCUCAGUCAACCCGUACUUCUUGAACUUCAAGCUCCCAUCAAUAUUUGCGGUAAUAUUUGCGGUCAAUAUACUGAUUUGCUUCGUCAUUUCGAUCAGGGUGGAUUUCCAUAUGAAUCCAAUUAUUUGUUUCUUGGUGGUUAUGUUAAUCGUGGUAAACAAUCCUUAGAAACAAUAUGUCUACUGCUUGCUUACAAAAUAAAAUAUCCAAAUAACAUUUUCUUACUACGAGGAAGUCACGAAUGCGCGUCAUUAAGUCGCAUCUGUGGUUUCUAUGAUGAAUGCAAACGACGAUGCAAUAUCAAGAUAUGGAAAGCAUUCACUACAUGUUUCAAUUGUCUUCCAAUAGCCGCUAUUAUCAAUGAGAAAAUCUUUUGUUGUCAUGGAGGUCUUUCGCCUGAGCUCUAUAGUUUAGAACAAAUUCGACGCAUCCAACGACCAACUGAUGUACCAGAUAUGGGUCUGCUUACUGAUCUGCUAUGGUCUGAUCCAGAUAGUGAAGUGGAGAAUUGGAGUGAAAAUGAUGCUGGGAUUUCGUUUAGAUUUGGUGCUAGUACUGUAAAUAAAUUUUUAAGUCGAUUUAAUAUGGAUCUAAUAUGUAGAGCGCAUCAGGUUACUGAAAAUGGUUAUGAGUUUUUUGCUGAUCGUCAAUUGGUCACUAUCUUUUCAACUCCGGACUAUGUUGGUGAAUUCGAUAAUGCGGGUGCUCUUAUGCGAGUCGAUCAAAAUUUAAUGUGCUCAUUUAUGGUGCUUCCUUCGAAGAUAAAGAAAAUUGAGAAACAAGAUGAUCUAAAUCUCAAAUUGAUCCAUGCAACACAAGUCUCAACUAAUAAUAUAAGCAAUUUAUCUUUAAUUCGAAUGGAUAUUUGCCAUAAAUAUGUAAAAUGGGCCGAUAUAGACGAUGUUAUACCAUCUAAUGAACCAACAUUGUACGCACUUUAUAAAGAGCUUUAA